UUACCUUUAUUUUCACAUAGGGAUGCUGUGCAUAACACUUUCUGCCACAAGGUGGCCACGCUCACUGCUCCACUGUAUCUGUGGAGGGAGCCAGGGUUGUCACACAGACCUAGCUGCAAAUAUGUCUUUAUCUCCUUUAUAUGGGAGGAUGGAGCAGGGGCGGACUGACCAUUUGGAAACUCGGGCACUGCCCGAGGGCCCGGGGUCAGUAGGGGGCCCCAUGAAAUGCCCCUGGUACCUUUUUCAUAGGCUUUUUUGAGUUUGGGCAAGGACACAGGGGCCCCAUGAUCCCCUAUUGCCCGGGGGCCCCAUGA